AUAUUUCUCACUACUCAAUUCCUAAUGCAGAACCUUAAUUGCUACACCUCACUUAAUUUAACUCGACUGCAUACUAGGUACUAUAUUAAGAUUUUGGUACUAACUGUGUUUCCGUUCUGGACGUACUUUUUAAGUGCAUUUUUAUUUAUUUCAUCGCUUCUGGAAUCUGGAUAAUUACUUCCAAAGUACAAACUCAAUAUGUAGAAAAUUGCUUCCGACGUGUUAGUGACUUGAUACUCUGGCUGUUUGAGUAUAAAAGAAUGCUCUAUAUUGAAGUACAUAUACUGGAUUCCAUGCUUGAAGCUUUGGAUACAAAGUAUUUUUUUGUGAAUCCUAAUGUCCUAGAAUGUUUAUUGAUGGGAAUUUACUGCUGGAUAUGUGUGAAAAUUGCUUUGAAUGAGUGAAUGGCUAGUGUUUAGUUGAUUGGGGGCAAUCCUUUGAUUGGGAAAAACUUUUUAUUGCUUUUCAAGAGUUUCAGUUUGGCGGCUUUCCUUUGAAUAGACAGGAAAUGCUUCCAAUAGAAUGCUAGGUUUAGAAAAUUAGUAUGCUCUGCUCUGUGCAAUGCUGCUUGUGGUGUAGCUUGGCUUCCUCCAGUAGUAGGACCAGUACUUUAUUCUUGACUGGGUCGGAGUUCUUUGGACAAUAUCAUUCCUAGCCAUUUGCCUCUCUCUUGCAGUUGGAGAUUUUUUCGGCUGAUGUCAUGGGAAUGGUGUUUGUUGACAAGUUUUGAUCCCCCUGUAUCCAACCCAGCUGAGUGGUUGCAGUGAAAAUGGAGAUCGAGGUGAUCUUUCAACUGGUCCUAGUAAAAAGAAUGUGGAUUGGAGAGAAAGACUGGCUUUGCAACAUUUCAAAUCUCUUUUCACAAAAGAGGUCAUUGAUGUUAUCGCAACCAGCACAAGUGAUAUGGGGCCCUUGAGUCUUGAUAUUUUUAAGAAAAAGAAUUUGUCUGCUUCAUGGAAAUUCAUUGGGACAGAGACUUCAGUUGUUGACACUUCUGAGCCAAACCAAGUAGCUACAGUUGUUGGACAAGAUAUACCUAAGGGCAAAAAGAAGAAUUCUUCAGAUGAUCAUGCUCAAUUUAUUGUUAAACCUGCAGACCUCGCCCGGAGGCAAUUGCGAGAGAAAAGACGUGAAAAGCGAGCAUCUGAAUUGGUACAUCAGGACAAAGAAGCAAUUGUAAAACUUGAAAAUGCUGCCAUUGAACACUCCAAAUCUGUUGACUCUGCUGUUAUGGGAAGAUACAGCAUAUGGAGGAGAGAAAACGAGAAUGAGAACUCUGAUUCCACAGUACGCUUAAUGCGGGAUCAAAUUAUAAUGGCAAGGGUAUAUUUAAGUAUUGCAAAGAUGAAGAACAAGGUUGAUUUGUACCAACAACUACAAGUUCGGCUUAAAGAGAGCCAGCAGGCCCUUGGAGAGGCCACUGCUGAUUCCAAUCUACAUCACAGUGCACCUGCGAGAGUCGAAUCAAUUGGCCAAGUUUUGUCAAAAGCAAGAGAGCAAUUGUAUGACUGCAAGUUGGUGACUGGGAAGCUGAGAGCAAUGCUUCAGUCAGCCAGUGAACACGUUAGGAGCUUGAAAAAACAGAGCACAUUCUUGAGUCAGUUAGCUGCCAAGACCAUUCCAAAUGCAAUCCACUGUUUUUCCAUGCGCUUAACUAUAGAAUACUACCUCCUUCCUCCAGAGAAGCGGAAGUUCCCCAGAAGUGAGAAUCUGGAAGAUCCAAAUCUUUAUCAUUAUGCCCUCUUCUCAGACAAUGUUUUGGCUGCAUCAGUGGUUGUGAACUCAGCUGUUGCCAAUUCCAAGGACUCUUCAAAGCAUGUAUUUCAUCUUGUCACUGAUAAACUCAACUUUGGAGCCAUGAAUAUGUGGUUUCUGUUGAAUCCUCCUGGGAAAGCUACAAUCCAAGUUGAAAAUGUUGAUGAAUUUCAGUGGCUCAAUUCAUCCUACUGCCCUGUUCUACGUCAACUAGAGUCUGCUACGAUGAAAGAGUAUUAUUUCAAGGCCGGUCAUCCAACCAAACUUUCAUCUAGUGCCUCUAAUCUGAAGUACAGGAAUCCGAAGUAUCUGUCAAUGCUUAACCAUCUAAGGUUCUAUCUGCCACAGGUUUAUCCAAAGUUGAAUAAAAUUCUGUUUCUUGAUGAUGACAUUGUUGUUCAGAAAGACUUGACUGGACUGUGGUCUGUGGAUCUCCAUGGAAAGGUUAAUGGCGCAGUGGAAACCUGUGGUGAGAGCUUUCACCGUUUCGACAAGUACCUUAACUUUACAAAUCCUCAUAUUGCAAGAAACUUUGAUCCAAAUGCAUGCGGGUGGGCUUAUGGGAUGAACAUUUUUGAUCUUAAGGAGUGGAAAAGGAGGGAUAUUACUGGCAUAUAUCACAAGUGGCAGAACAUGAAUGAAGAUAGGGUACUUUGGAAGCUUGGGACAUUACCUCCGGGACUAAUUACAUUCUAUGGGCUGACACAUCCUCUUGAGAAGUCAUGGCAUGUGCUUGGUUUGGGUUACAAUCCUACCGUUGGCCGUUCAGAGAUUGAGAAUGCUGCGGUCAUACACUACAAUGGAAACAUGAAACCGUGGCUGGAGUUGGCAAUGACAAGGUAUCGGUCAUACUGGAUUAAGUACAUUAAGCAUGAUCAUCCCUACCUUCGAACCUGCAAACUAAGCGAAUGAACUAGAACUGGAUUCCCUUCAUACGGUGAUCUCUCUCUCUCUCUCUCUCUGUGUAAUUUAUUCAUUUCAUUCCACUCAUCCUUUAGAAGAUGUAACUAAUUCUAUAGCCUCUCCCCCACCUCUUUCUGGGGUAAUUUCAUGCCUUGUUAACCUGUAAAAAGUCGUAAUUGUAUCUUACUUUGGAGCCAAGUCCGAGUUGGACCGGAAUAGGGAAUUGGGUGUCAUUUGAUGUAUUCUAUGAACACUUUUUAGGUUUGAACUAAAAGAUGUUCGUGGAUUAUGAUAUUCAUAUCCUAUCUACUCAAGACCAUUAAGUAGCAA